CUCGCCUCACGUUCAAUCACGUGACUCCGCGCUGUCACGCGGCUUCGCCCUUCUGAUGUCAGCGGGGAGAAGGCGGAAGUGCGGGAGAAAGCAGGAUCCUUCUCUAACAACCCUUUUCUCUCCUGUGGGUGAAGCCUUUCCCUCCACAGCCAGCCAAGAUGGACCUACUGUUUGGGCGUCGGAAGACACCAGAGGAGAUGCUGCGUCAGAACCAGCGGGCCCUGAACCGAGCCAUGCGGGAGCUGGACCGUGAGCGGCAGAAGCUGGAAACGCAAGAGAAAAAGAUCAUUGCUGACAUCAAGAAGAUGGCAAAGCAAGGGCAAAUGGAUGCAGUGAAGAUCAUGGCGAAGGACCUGGUGCGGACACGGCGCUACGUCAAGAAGUUCAUCAUGAUGCGGGCCAAUAUUCAGGCCGUGUCACUCAAGAUCCAGACGCUCAAAUCUAACAACUCCAUGGCCCAAGCCAUGAAGGGUGUCACCAAGGCUAUGGCCACUAUGAACAGACAGCUGAAGUUGCCUCAGAUCCAGAAGAUCAUGAUGGAGUUUGAGAAGCAGUCGGAGAUUAUGGACAUGAAGGAGGAGAUGAUGAAUGAUGCCAUUGACGAUGCUAUGGGUGAUGAGGAAGAUGAGGAAGAAAGCGAUGCUGUGGUGUCUCAAGUGCUGGAUGAGCUGGGACUGACCCUGACAGAUGAGCUAUCCAACCUGCCUUCCACUGGAGGAUCACUGAGCAUUGCAGCUGGGAAGAAGGCAGAGCCCUCAGCCACGCUGGCUGAUGCAGAUGCCGAUCUGGAGGAGCGCCUCAAGAACUUACGCCGGGACUGAGCUUCUGUGGGACCUGGGUUUGCACUCCCUGCCACCACCCCAUCCCCAUGGUGUGGUGCUCCAAUACAUGCAUACUCCUGUCUCCAGCAACCCCACUCCCACUGCGUGUGUCCUACUCUCUGCUGCCCUUUCACCCCAACCCAGCCUUCUUGGGGGAGCACUAUCCCUGUUUGCCAUAGGGGUGGGGGUGAAGCUGAUCCUGCUGGAGUUGCUGAACUUGCUUGUUCCUGAAGGGGGUUGGCAUGCUGUCAGCCCAGGUGUGUGUGUUUGCGUGUGUGUGAUUGGGAGUCCCUGAUAUGGGGAGUAAGUGGACAUGGUCAGGGGCUGCCAUGUUUGCUUAUAUCUGGGGAGGGGUCAUUUUCUGGGAGCGGGGGUUGAGCUUUCAACCUUUCAGUUUGUGGCUCAAAAAUACUAAUGGGGGUGAGGUGCGGGGUGUUCUGUGACUAGUUAUGGUCACGCUUCUCCAGGACCUGCACUCCUGCUCCUCUAUGCCAUGUGGCAAGAGUAGGGUGGGCAUGGUUGGUGCUGCCUCAGUCCAGCAGGUACAUCUCUUCACCCAGUCACUGGAGGAGGGCCCAGGAUGAGUUUGGGGAUCAGUUCCUGUGGGGGGGGAGGGAGAGCAAGAUAUGGCAGGUCCCUGCCCUUCCCAGGUGAUACAGAGCAGUGCGUUGGGGCGUGAGCUACCCUUCCUCCCUGUGCUGAGUAUGGUGCCCUUGCCUGGCCCAGGCUGCAGCAUGCUCCUUGGCAUGGGAUACAGGUGGUGGCUGUAGGCUCCUUCGCCAUCUCCUGGCCAGAUAGAGGCCUAUCCUCUCUUGUAAUAAAGCUGUAGAUUUGUAUCCCA